AUGUCUGCCAAGUCCAUUCUUGAGGCAGAUGGCAAGGCCAUCCUGAACUACCACCUCACACGCGCACCAGUCUUCAAGCCCACCCCACUUCCACCUUCAGCGACGCACAACCCUCCAGCGAAACUUGCGACCAUCACAUUCGCAGACGGUGACGACAUCAAUGGCGUUCUUGACGCAGCAGAGGCCAAAUACCCAUUCCUGCUCGUCGCAGGCUCAAAGUUCGUUGCAAAGCCAGAUCAGCUGAUCAAGCGAAGAGGCAAGUCGGGCCUUCUCAAGCUGAACGCAACAUGGCCAGAAGCGAAGGAGUGGAUUGCCGCACGCGCGAACAAGAUCCAGAAGGUUGAGCACGUCGAGGGUGCGCUGAGGAACUUCCUCGUUGAGCCAUUCGUUCCACAUCCUCAAGAAACCGAGUACUACAUCAACAUCAACUCUGUCCGCGAGGGUGACUGGAUUCUGUUCUACCACGAGGGUGGUGUUGAUGUCGGCGACGUCGACGAGAAGGCCGAGAAGCUUCUGAUCCCAGUCGACCUCACCGAGUACCCAAGCAACGAGCAGCUCGCACAAGGUCUCUUGAGCAAAGUGCCAAAGGGUGUGCACCCAGUACUGAUCGACUUCAUCUCCCGCCUUUACGCUGUAUACGUCGACUGCCAGUUCACCUACCUCGAGAUCAACCCACUUGUCUGCAUUCCCAACGCCGCAGGCACCGCCGCUGAGGUUCACUUCCUCGAUCUGGCAGCCAAGAUCGACCAGACGGCAGAGUUCGAAUGUGGUGUCAAGUGGGCUAUUGCACGCGCGCCAGCCCAGCUCGGCAUCCCGACUAUUGGCAGCAAGACUGGAGCCGUCCAGAUCGAUGCUGGCCCACCAAUGGAGUUCCCAGCUCCGUUCGGUCGCGAGAUGAGCAAAGAGGAGGCAUACAUUGCAGAGAUGGACGCAAAGACUGGUGCUUCGCUCAAGCUUACGAUCUUGAACUCGCAAGGACGUGUCUGGACAUUGGUCGCCGGUGGUGGUGCUUCCGUCGUCUACGCGGACGCCAUUGCCUCCGCAGGUUUCGCUAGCGAGCUUGCCAACUACGGAGAAUACUCUGGUGCUCCAACCGAGACUCAAACCUUCCACUACGCACGAACAGUUCUCGACCUGAUGCUGCGAGCACCGCAACACCCAGAUGGCAAGGUCCUUUUCAUUGGUGGUGGUAUUGCCAACUUCACCAACGUCGCAAGCACAUUCAAGGGAGUGAUCCGCGCUCUUCGUGAAGUCGCAUCUCUGCUCAACGAGCACAAGGUUCAGAUCUGGGUCCGCCGAGCAGGCCCCAACUACCAGGAAGGUCUCAAGAACAUCAAGGCUGUCGGUAAGGAGCUCGACCUCAGCAUGCACGUUUUCGGCCCAGAGAUGCACGUCUCCGGGAUCGUGCCACUUGCACUCAUCCCGGGCAAGUACAACGACAGCAUCCAGGAGUUUGAGGGUUAG